AUGCCUCGUCCUCGGAAGCAAGUCACAAGAUCGUUUUCCGCUUGCUGGACAUGUCGCCGACGGCGCGUCAAGUGCAGCGGUGCAGGUCUACCAUGCAAGCAGUGCAAGAAAUGCAGGCUUGAGUGUGAAGGGUACAGCAUCCAGCUUGUUUGGGUAGACCAAAAGACCGGCACCUAUCCUCCAUUUUCUCGAAGAAGCAUGGAUUUUGAGCAAACAUGGCGUGGCUGGCCGUCUUUCAGUGACGAUCACCUUCAGCGCCUGAUCGAGGAGAUGGAUAGCGUCGACCUUCCGAUUGCGGACCACUCGCUGCCCUUGAGCCCCUUUACAGUAUUUCAUUCGACAAAGCAAGCCGACCCCUCAAUCUUGGAUCGUCCCACUGCAAAAAAGCCCGAUUUAAAUUUACAAGAUUUUGCAUCUUCAACAGAUUCUUCUCAGUCAGAGAGCCCCCCCACGCCGUACAUCGAAGCUUUUUGUUCUCUACUCCGGCCCCUUACACCAACCAUAUAUGAUUGUUUAUCAUCGUCACGAGAUGAGGCCACAAUAUUUCACCACUACGUAACAUGGAUAGCUCCUAUUAUGAUUCCAGUGGACAGCACGAAUAACCCCUGGAAAUCUGUUUAUCCAUCGACAGCACUGCAAGAUUCAUCUCCGGCUUCACGAGCUUUGUAUCAUGCGAUCAUCGCUCAGUCUGCAUUUAACUUGGCGAAUCUGUACAAAGAAAACCGACAGAUACAUCAUCAAAAACAGUCAGUCGCGCUGGAGCACUACGGUGCUUCAUUAAGAGAGCUCAGUCAAACCCUGAGUUGUACGAAAGAAGCGGAAUACAAUGCCUGCGCUGCUACUCUAUAUACAUUAAUGAUCUCUGAGGGUCAAGCAAGAGAUUCGGUCGCUUGGAGGAGUCACUUCCACGGAGCCGGAAGUUUUGUGACUCAGUUUGUUCGGCAAAAGCCGUGGGCUCAGUCCACGCACUCUUGGGUAAUAUCUCAAAGCAUCGCCCUUUCAUUCGAGAUUUCACAAACUGGAAAUGCCAAGCCUCACAAUCGCUCCCCCAUCACCGAAAUUCUUUUCGAAGGCGUCGCUUUGCGCCGAAACUUUGGGUAUACGAUCGGUGCAAGCUGCGAUGUUUUGCGCAUAAUUUCAUCAACUAGACUAUUCAUGGAACGGAUUGCGCAUGGCGAUGUCCCUGAGAAUCUCUGGAUUAUUGUUCAGAGUUAUAUAGCCGAAUUGUUGCCUGAAAAUGACGCGCAAUGCGCGAUUGAUCUGGAUAUUCCCGAACGGGAGAAUAUUGUGAAAUUAUUACCUAGAACGGAGCAGUUUAGGUUCUUGGAUUGUCUUCAUCUUCGACUUUUCCGUACAGCGGCUCUGAUUUAUAUAUACCAAGCCAUUCUCAAGGUUCCUCCACGCGGUGUCAGCAAGUAUGUCAGAUCGGUCUUGCUAGAUGCUAUGACAUUCAUCCACAUUCGGGGAGGUGCCAUAUCGAUGUGGCCUGUCUUUAUUGCUGCUACAGAGGCCACAGAUGAAGCAGACCAACAAAUAGUUGAACAUUGGCUAGCAGUGUCAAGCCAACUUGGAAUCCCAAACCGCCUGGUAGCUGGAACAGUUAUUCGCCAGAUAUGGCAUGAUCGAGCACAAGAAGCCCUCGCAAAGGGCGUCGAACCAGAUCAGGUCGUGUUAGACUGGAAAGCAGUUCAACAGCGAUUGGGAGUCGACCUAUUGCUUUUGUGA